GCAGGUCAACAGUGGUCCGGCUGGUGCGAGUGGCUACUGGAUAAACAGUUCCAGUUCAAAAAAUAAAGAAAAAAAACAUUAACAAAACGACACUUUAUUGCCAUUUUGAUAUGGUAUGCACUUGUUGCAAUUCUAGCAAACUGAAAAUUAAAGUAUAACAGAAUUGUAAGAGAGACAAAUAAUAAGAAAAAAAAUCGCUACAUCGCCUCUCCUCUGUGUCUUGCGGUCUUGGUAAGGAAACAUGGCGGCGUCCUUCAACAGCACACGGAGCUUGGUGUUACUGAGAGCCAUUGCCCAGUCUGGCACAUUAUGCAGCAGCUCUGGAAGCCGAGCCCUCCAUGUCACUGCGGUGUGCUGCAAGAAUCGAGCAGCUCGUAUCCGUGUGGGGAAAGGAGACAGACCUAUAACCUAUGAGCAAGCUCUUCACCCUCAUCACAUCGGUCACCGCAAAGGAUGGUUGUCCCAGCAUACAAGUAAUCUACAAGGAGAAGGAGGGGCAGCCGAGCGGACGGUGGAGGAUGUCUUCAUAAGACGAUUUGUGUUUGGGACCUUCCAUAGCUGUCUUGCCAAUGAAAUUGUGAUUAAGAGGCGCGGCAACGUGCUCACAGUGUGUGCAUUAAUGCUACAGAAACUACCACCACAUAAGUUUUACUUCUUGAUAGGCUAUUCAGAGUCGUUACUAUCUCAUUUGUACAAAUGUCCUGUCAAACUGGAGAUUCAGACCCUGCAGGAUAAGGUAGUGUACAAGUACCUCUAAUGGAACUGUGUGGUGUGCUGUAGUCUGUACACGGCUCCUGCAUGACUGUUGUACUUAUUAUUCUCUCGAGUGUACACCACCAUGAUAGGCAAGUGGAUUGUGCUCCUGUGCACAACGUUCAAAGGUUGUCACUGAAUUGUCAUUCCUGGUCCUUUUGGAUUUUUCUGUUCUGCAGAAGUAUAUAAUUUAAACCAGUUUUUGCUGCAUAUCUGAUCAAGUUAUCAAACUGUCCUGGCUGUUAAGUUAUAAUUAAAAAGGAGAAGUUUAAUGGAA